GGAUUUAUAAACCGAGCACGUAAAUGUGAACAGCAAAAUCACGUCACUUAUAUAAGUUCGUUCUGUCAAUCGCUAUCAAUUGGCAACAUCACUUACGAGUGACCGGUUGGAUGUCAAAUACGUUAGUGACGUGUAAAACUCAUCAGAUUAAUAACUUGUGGAAGAUUCAAGCAUAAAGUGUCAAGUGUUAUUAAAAUAAUUAUUGGAUUAUAUUGAAAAUAAAGGACAUAUUUGAUCGCUUACAAGAAAAUGUUUGUUAGAACAAGAUUAUUACACAAAUGUUUAUCACAUCGUGUGUCUUUGAGUUGUAGAUCAAUGCAUCUUUUAAGAGAUAACGCAUAUGUUAAUGGAAAUUGGAUAGGCUCUAGUAGCAAACUAACAUUUCCCGUUUGCAAUCCAGUGGACAAUACUGUUAUUGCACAUGUUCCUGAUAUGAAUGUCGCUGACACUCAAGUAGCCAUUGAUGCUGCUGUCAAAGCUUUUGAAUCGUUCAGUAAAACCACAGCCAAGGAGAGAAGUGAUUUGCUGAGAAACUGGUACAAUUUGAUGGUCAAGCAUUCAGAGGAUCUCGCUUGUAUUUUGACUAAAGAAAAUGGAAAAUCUCUUGCUGAGUCUAGAGCAGAGAUUAAGUAUGGAAAUUCUUUUGUGGAAUGGUUUGCAGAAGAAGCUAGAAGAAUAGAUGGAGAAAUUUUGCAAGCUCCUGCGCCUAAUAGAGAAUUGUUUUUAUUAAGACAACCAGCUGGGGUAGCUGCUUUAAUUACACCAUGGAAUUUUCCACACGCUAUGAUUACCAGGAAAGCAGGCGCUGCUCUUGCUGCCGGAUGCACAUGUGUUGUAAAGCCAUCCGAAGACACCCCAUUGACAGCAUUGGCACUAGCAGAUCUUGCAGAACAAGCAGGUUUCCCUGCAGGAAUCUUAAACGUACUCACCACAAGUAUCACAAAUUCUGCUGCCGUUGGCAAAGAGCUGUGUGAAAAUCCUAAAAUAAGAGUAUUAUCAUUCACCGGUUCUACAGCUGUAGGAAAGAUUCUGUAUAAGCAAUGCGCUUCAACCAUGAAACGACUUGGGCUUGAAUUGGGUGGUAAUGCACCAUACAUUGUAUUUAAAUCCGCAGAUAUAGAUGUAGCUGUAAAUAGUGCCAUGGCCAGUAAAUUCCGCAACACUGGUCAGACAUGUGUCUCGGCGAACAGGUUCUUCGUAGAAACAAAUAUUUUUGACGAGUUUGUCGAGAAGUUUUUAGCAAAAAUCAAGAAGGAUAUUAAAUUAGGAGAUGGUAGUAAAGAGAAUGUCACUCAUGGGCCGCUUAUCAAGAAAAGCCAAUUAGAUUUGGUGAACAGUUUAGUAGAAGAUGCAGUUCGGAAAGGUGCCAAGGUGCAUUGUGGCGGAAGCCCACUACCAGAUCUCGGACCACUGUUUUAUGCACCCACUCUAAUAACCAAUGUAACCAAGAACAUGGAAAUUUAUAACAAAGAAAUCUUUGGACCUGUAGCUGUAAUCAAUAAAUUUAGCAAUGAGGAAGAUGUAUUAAAGCAAGCUAAUGACACACCGGUUGGUUUAGCCGGAUACUUUUUCUCGCAAGACAUAUCGCAAAUAUUUAGAGUUGCUCGCAAAUUAGAAGUCGGUAUGGUAGGUGUCAAUGAAGGAAUAAUUUCAUGCGCGGAAGCUGCUUUUGGUGGUGUGAAAGAAUCAGGUUUAGGAAGGGAAGGCUCCAAGCAUGGACUUGAAGAUUUCCUUGAUAUCAAAUAUGUAUGUAUUGGUAAUCUUAAGCGCUGAUUAUGCGAGCGAAGCUAGAUGCAUUUUGAACGAUAUCAUUGUUAUUGGAUGAUAUAGAUUCUGCAACUCAAUAACAGACAAUAAGAGGCUAUAUAAUUUAACUACAAUCAUAUUGGAUGUAAUACUAGUAGGAGAAAUAGUUCUCUGUAAUGUUCUAAACAUCUAAAGUAUUUUUUCGACUAAAGUACACAAUUCUUAUUAUUUUUAUGUUAUUUCUAGUCUAAAUAUAUUUUUUU